GCUGUGUCAGUGAACAUGCGGAAAAAUAGUGCAACGAACUCUGACUACCAAGCAAGUAGUGAUGUCCACUACAAACCCCCCAAUAAUACUGAUAUUUAGUGGUAAACGCAAAUCAGGGAAGGAUUAUGUAACCGACUUAAUUCAUAAAAGGCUGGGAGAUGAUACAUGCUGCAUCCUGCGUCUGUCUGGGCCCCUGAAAGAACAGUAUGCAAAGGAGCAUGGUCUUGACUUCAGUAAGUUGCUGGGAGCGGGCCAGUAUAAGGAGCGAUACAGAGCAGACAUGAUCCAGUGGGGAGAGAGGAUGAGGGAGCAGGAUCCUGGGUUCUUCUGCCGGCUGGCCAUCAGAGAGGCAAAACAGCCAGUUUGGAUCAUCAGUGAUGCUCGGCGCAUGUCGGACCUGCAGUGGUUCUGGAGGGAGUUUCCUCAGCAGUGUUGCUGUGUGCGCGUAGAGGCCUCGGAGCAGAUCAGAUUACAGAGAGGAUGGAAGUUCACUCCAGGUAUUGAUGACGCAGAGUCAGAAUGUGGUCUCGAUCAGGGAGUGCAGUUUGACUGGAUAAUUAACAAUAAUGGAGAUGCUGUACUUUUGGAAGAACAGCUGAAAGAACUGUUUGUGCUGGCGAAGGAAAAAUCUGCACACAAUAAUGGACAACAAAGUAUUAACAGUUAACCACAAAUUCUUGAGUUUUACCAUUUUGUUAACGGUCUAACAUUGUAAAUACCCCCAAAAAGUGUAUUUGUACUAAUAGAAAAUGCAGUGAAAUGUC